AUGGACGAGGGCGAGUUCCUGCGCCUGCUAGAGCGCUACCCCGUGGUGCGCAAGAAGACCCACUGCCGCGUGCAAUGGAACGACAUGUAUGACGACGAGCCGGCUGCGCAGCCCGCGAGCUCUGGUAUCUUUAUCCCUGCGGGUCACGAGAGCGCCAUCAAACCCACGGACUCGGUGGAGGACGCGCUGGAGAAAUUCCUGGCGCCCUAUUUCUCGUCACAGGAGGCGGCCAAGAUCCAGCGACAACUCGAGAAGGUGCUGACGCUCAUUCUAAUGCCACUAGCUGCCAAGUUGCAGGGCUUUAAGCUGACCCGAUAUACUUUAUUGUUGUUAUUGUUGUUGUUGCAGGCUCAGAUUGACUUUGUGUCGAGUUUGAACCUGGAGGACGUGAACGAGCUGUGCGCACAGUUCGUGGCGACCAAGUAG